AUGAACUCUGGACUGUCGGGCGGGAUUAGCGUUGCGACUGCCAGUGGGCUGGUCCACAGCGUGUGCCCCCUGGCCAGCGAAUCAGGGGCCGGGCGAGCAGCCACGCCAAGCGAGGCCCCUGAGCGAUGGGCGCUGGGCGACUGCCCUGGAAGCAUCCCAGCUCCCACUGGAACCGGUAUUCCUCAGGAGCCUGCUCCCACCGAGUACUCCACCCGCAUCAUCACCGUGACCGACUGCCCACCAGAGGUUACCGACUGCCCAUCGCACUCGACUCGCACCGAGACCACCAUUGACAUUAUCCCAACUCGCAGCGACGACAGCCCGGCCAUCCCAACUGAGAACCCACCAUAUCCAACCAAUGGCCUCCCAAGCACCUCUGUCAUCACUUACACCACCUGCGUCCCAACUGUGACCACCUCCGUUGUCACCCUCUGGCCCUCUCAGCCACCAUCCGGCCCAACUGGCGGUAACCCAGUCCCAACUGGCGGUAUUCCCACCGGUGGUCUCCCAAGCGGUGUCCCAAGCGGAACCGGUGUUCCUCCCCAGCCAUCCACCACUGGCCCACCACCAUUUGAGGGUGCCGCCAGCACUUUCGGUGGCUCCAUCGUCGCCGCUGGUCUCGCCGCCAUGGUCGCUGUCUUCUUCGCAUAG